AUGGCUGACUGGAUAUCUACAUUUCCGCUCACUCAACAUAUCACGGAGUUUACCAAGAACCAGAUAUGCCGGGUUAUCAGCGCAGGCCCAGUGCCGAAGCAUGUUGGUUUCAUUAUGGACGGUAACAGAAGAUAUGCCAAACAAAACCAUAUGGAGAUGAAGGAGGGCCAUAGUGCCGGCUUUGAGAGUAUGGCCAAAGUUUUGGAAACAUGCUAUGAUUGUGGUGUGGAGGUGGCAACAGUUUUUGCAUUCAGCAUCGAGAAUUUCAACAGAAGCCGCUAUGAAGUUGAGUGGUUGAUGGAGCUCGGAAAGGCCAAAUUUAAGCAGGUGGUAGGAAAUGGAGAGCUAUGCGAAAGAUACGGAAUCAAGAUCCGGGUGCUUGGAAAUUUGGAUCUACUACCUAAAGAUCUUUGGAAGGUGUUGAAAGACGCUGAAGAACUCACCAAGAACAAUACCCGUGCCAUACUAAACGUCUGCUGGCCUUAUACGUCACGCGACGACAUGACACACGCAGUGCGAAAGGUAGUGACGAAGGGAUAUCCACCGGAUGCAAUUACAGAGCACUUGGUGGCUGAAAAUCUAUAUACUGGAGGGCUUCCCAAGCUUGACUUGCUCAUAAGAACGUCUGCUGUGUAUCGACUGAGUGACUUUAUGCUCUGGGAAUGCAUUGACCUAGAUUGCGAUAUAGAGAUAGUGUCAGUUCUGUGGCCGGAAUUCUCGCCGGCCAGAAUGGCAUGGAUUCUUCUCAAAUGGGGGUUCGGCAGAACCUAUUAUGGCCACCGCAUGGCUAAACUGAUCAACAUCGAUGAUCAUACUAAACAGACGUGA